AUGGAGGAAACAAGCGAAGAUGAGCUGUUCGCCAAGUAUUAUGCAGCCAAAAAGCAGUUUAAAAAAGUGAAAAAAGUGAGCGUGUCCCAAACGAAUGAUCAUGUAAAUCGAGAUUUUCAGUUUCUCACAUUCAAUGAGAGAAUUUCUCAAAUGGGAGGAGACAAUGGCAGAUUCUCCAGGAAAUUGAAUGCCGAAACUCAGUUUGAGACGUAUUUCGAGGAUGCAAUCGAUAAUUGGCGAGGGGAAGAUCAGGGAGAAGAUCUCGGUUGGUGUACAAAAACGGAAGAAUUGGGGGAGAACAGAAGUGUUUUCAGAUGCUUUCAUUAUGGCGAUUCAAGUGAACGAAAUCAAGACCUAUGCUCAGUUGCUGCACAAAUCGGAUAAGAUCUUCGAAGCUCUCUGCGAGCACAUCACAAAACCGGCUUCUCGCUCUGUUCCCGCUCUGUGCGGAAUCCUCGCUGCCUUUGCACGUGAUCUGCGUGAAAAGUUCAACAAAUACUGCUGGAAAGCAUUUGGUAUUCUGGUCAAUAUUCUCGGUACUGCACUCUUUUGCAGAAUUCAACUGGAAUGUGAUUUAAUUUCAGAUUUCGGCGACAGAGUGGCGGAGAAUCUGGAAGGCGCCUAUCUCUGCUUCUCCAUUCUUGUCAAAGUACAAUCUGGUUUCUUGUUCAAACAGCUGAAAAAAUCAUUCAAGUAAGAGAGCAUUUGAGUUAUUCAAACGUAGUUCUCUUGAAUUCCAGCAACUUUUUACCGUUAUUCGCAAGCAGUCGUGACUUUGCCCGUCGUUUCGCCGCUGAAGCAUUCGCCUAUCUUCUUCGGAAAUCCUCAGAUAUGCGAGCAAUUUGCACAUUUGUGGCCAAGCAGGCAUUCAAAACUCCGCACAGCUAUCUCUUCGAUGGAUGCGCUCUUCUUUUUUACAAUUCUUUCAUCGGAAUCGCCGGAAGCUUCCACAGCAAUUCUGAACAGAUAUUCCGGGACAUCGUUCACGCAUUGGUGCACGCCGAAUCGGAAGAGAAUCAGGAGGAGUUCACAGAGUUUUGUGUCGGAAUUCUGGUUCAAAUGGUCGGAUAUACAAUUGAGUACACAAAAAGCUCCAAGUACGAAAACCGUCAUUUCUAUCAGAAAGUUCUAACGGUAAAAAUCUGCUUCUAGCACGGAACAAAAAAUUAAAAAUUCAGAAAAUGUUGGGAGAAUCGAAGAAAAUGUCGGAAGCGACGAGGUUGAUGCGUCUACUCCAGCCGUGUAUCGUCGAGAAAAACGAAGAAUUGAUGAAUGAAGUGACAAAGAAAAAGAAAAAGAAAGAGAAAGAAAACCAGAAGAAUAAAGGAAAGAGAGAGCUGAAAAAAGUGGAGCAAGUGGAGUUUGUGUGUGUUCCUGAGCUGAGGAAAAGUUUGGAGAACGUUGUGAAAAUCGACGAUUUUCAAUUGGAGCAGCACGUUGUCGACUUCUUCAGCGAGGUAACUUUCGGAGAGACGAACUCGAUUCUUAUUCCGAGAUUUCAGACUCUACUCACUAUUUUCAACAAUAACCAAAACCGCCUCUUCUCCAGAGACAUCACCUUGAAGAUUGUCGAGAAAUCGAAAGAGUAUCAGAUUGUGAUUGAGCUCCUUCUGAAGACGAUCGAACUGGAAUCCUUCGAUUUGUACAUGAUGCCGGCUUUCGGUAAAAUUGCCGCCGAAAUCGUCACAGAAAGAUCGGAAGAUAGUGGAUUGGUCAAGCAGAUCGUCGGUUUCUAUUCCAUUCUUUGUUCCCAGAGACACCCAAUUCGAGAAACUAUUGAGAGAGGUACUUGUGUUUUGGUUGUACGGAUAACUCGAAGUAAUCGUACUUCCAGAUUCUCGUUCCAACUUCUUCGAUCUCUCCGAUCAUCGCGUUUUCCGAGAUUGGCUUGUUUCCAACUUUGAAAGUAAGUCAAUCAAAUACUCUCCGGAACUUCGUUAAUGCGUUUCCAGGUGUCAAUCGGAAGAAGCUAUCCACCGAAUCUCUUAUCGAUAUGGCUGUUGCUUGGCCCUGGCUGUUCUCACAAGCGGAGGCUGCGCACGGUACCGAGGACGUUCUGCAAACUCUUCAAGAGGCCAUCAAUUCAUCGGACACUAGCGUCGCCAACAGUCAGCUUGUUUUCGCUUGCACUGCUGGUAUCUUUCUCACCAACAAGGCAUUGUUGAACAAAGUGAAGAAGGAAGACGUUGAAAAGUUCCUCGGCCGUCAGAACUGCUCGGAAUCUUCUCUUCUCGCUUUCGAACUGUUCGUCUCCGUGUACGGAGUUUCCAAAGAUGUCAACUACAUGAACAAAGUCGUCGAUUUGCUCUUCCCCGCUGUCUUCAGUCCGAAUGAUCGAGUCCGAAAGACUACUUUCAAGAUCCUCAGCAACUUCAAACUGCCUCUUCCGGAGAUUUCAGACGAAGAAGGAAAAGUGCACCGACAGCAGAUGAACGUGUUCGAAGUGCUAUACGAAGCAGAGGACAGCGAACUGACAAACUUCCGAGAACGGCUACUCCAUUUGCGGAAACUGAGACACGGGCACCACAAAGAAUUCAUUCCGAUUGGAUCAAGCGAGAAGGUCGAAAUGAUGAUCGUGACGGACAUCGUCUCGCAGUUCUUCGUCGGAUUCUCGCCUCUCUGGAAAGGAGUGCACGAAGUGUUGACCACCUUCGCCAAUGAAAUGAACAUUGACACAUUCUGGAAAGUGAUGGGAAUGUGGUUGACCAAUGUGAAUGAGAGUGAGUUGGAUUUCAAAUGGUAGCGAAUAGUUAUCUUUGAUUUACAGACAUAAAAAAGAGAGGUAAUGAAUCGGGAGAAGGACGGCUAGUGGGCAUUGAUCAACUCAAUCGAUCCGACUUUGUCAAUGCCAGAAUCCAAUUGUUCAACUUCUUCGAAACGAUUCCGGACGUGGCAGAGAGACGAACUAGAGUGAUCAGUCCACUUCUUUUGGCCAUUUAUGAGUGAGUUUCUUGUCGAUUCCGUUUAGCGCAAGCGUGACUUCAGAGAUUACAUUCGUUUGACCACGACUUCUGUCGUUUCGGAGAUCCCAGUUGCAGCUGAAGAGGAAGAAGAGAAAGAAGAAAAUGAGGAAGAACCAGAAGAUCCGAAAGAAGAAGUGACACAAGAGCAUCUGAAUCACAGAAAAGAGACGGCGUUCAUUCUGAAAGCCCUUACUUCCCUUUUAUCCGUUUACGCAAAGUUCAACGCCGCAAAAUCCGUGUACAUGGAGCCGAAGUUGCUCGAAAUGUACGAGGAGUUACUCGGAUCUCGCUACGAAGGAAUUCAGAAGGCUGCUUUGGCGUGCAUCUUUUCCUACAGAAACACCAUUCUGGCCAGUUAUCGGUAAAUGAAUUGCACCACGAAAAAAACUAUUUGUUCAUUUGUUUUCAGUGAGAACCUGAAUGCUCUGAUUGAUGAGAAAACGCUCCGUCAAUCACUUCCAUAUUUCAAAUUGUCGGAAGACGAAGGCGAUGCACAGGUGGCCGAUGAGCACCGUUCUGUAGUCGUUCCGAUCCUUCUCCGUCUCCUGAAUGGAAAACUGCUCCUGAACAACAAGCAGAAGGGAAUGAUUUCCCGACGGAAUGGAAUCCUCUUCGUUAUCGGAGGCUGUCGUUCUGCCGAACUCACGUUCUUCCUUCGACUCUUUUUCGCACAAAUCUACAAAGUUUUCGGGCCAGAAGCCAGUUUUGAAGAGAUUGAGUCAAAGUGCCAAAAGGAAUCGUUCCUCGGAAAUCUCAACAUCAAAGUGUUCCAACAGUGA